AUGCUGCAGGCUCAUCGCGGAGCAAGAGCCAUGCUGGGAGCAGGACCGAGAAGGGGUCCGGGUCCAGAGACCAGUGUCUUCCACACGGAGAUUAGCCUGGGACCACGCCGUAAAUACGUCUGGCGAUCUGAGACCACAGGGCAAGGGUCGUCAUCCCUUUGGGGGAGAGCCAAACCCAAGACGGAGAGUCGGCCAUCCGGGUGUCCGGCGGGCUGUCGGGGUCUGGCAAGAAUGGCAAAUGGCAGAUGCCAGGGGAGGAUCCAGAAAAUGGCGCUCCUGUUCUUCCCUACGGCCCCAGUGUGUCGCGUGCCCCGAUUGGGUCUGGCUUACGAUCCGGGGCUUGCCGUGAGACCACCUGAUCAGCUCCUUUUGGGAAUUCCCGCUCAUCCUGCGCCUCAGGCAACAACGACGCUUCUCGAAGGCUGA